AACAAAUAGUACAACUCUACAAAACUAACAAUCUCACGUGGAAAAAUCAGUCAGUUGGCACGAAAAUUCAGUGACAAAAGCAACUUCUGAAAGAUCUAAGAGAUUUAAUUUGAUACUUUUAACAUAAGAGUAUAAUAAUCUAGAAGAAUCAGAGCAAACUUUGAAAGUUUCAAUUCAUAAAUUGACAGAAGCAAGCGAUUUGCGUCUUUGUUGACAUUUUGAAAUCUACUUGAAUUUGAGCGCAAUUUAAGAUGUCUUCGGCGAACUUUGUCGUAUAUUUGAUGGCGUUUAUCUGUCAGAUAUUAAUGCUGCAUAUAAGAGAUGUAUCUGCUGGUAGCUGUUGGUUGGCUGUUGGUUCAAAUGGACGUUGUCAGAAUCUCUUAAUGACAGACACCACUAGAGAAAACUGUUGCGUUGGCAACCGUGGAACAGCAUGGGUAGAAGAAGACGCAAGUUCAUCUGAUUUAUUCAGAUGGCGGGCACUUACAGGUGGAGCACCAAAUUGUCAGAGAUGCCACAAUUCCUGUAGUACAAUGCAGUGCAGUGUGGGUAAAAAAUGUAAAGAGAGGAAUGGAAUCCCAAAAUGUGUAUGUGCGCCAGAUUGCCAUAAUUUGAGAGAUCGUCAUCGCGGGCCAGUUUGUGGUUCAGAUAAUCGUACUUAUAAAAACCAAUGUACAAUGCUCAAGCAUAACUGUCGUCAUAACAAUCAUGUUGAGGUGGCAUACCCAGGAGAAUGCCAAACAUCGUGUGAUACUGUUCAAUGUACACAUAACCGUCAUUGUAUCUUGGACCAAAAUCACAUAGCUCAUUGUGUAGAGUGCUCCAAUUGCCCCCGGAUACGACACAACAGUCCAAGCAGAAUGCUACUCUGUGGAUCUGAUGGUAAUACCUAUAACAGCCAAUGCCAUAUACGAAGGGCCACAUGUUUAAACCAAGGCAAUAUACAAACUGCUUAUAAAGGUAGAUGUCAAGAUUCUCCGACCUGUGAUAAUAUACAAUGCACAUCGGGGAAAUCUUGCUUGAUGAAUCCUACGACGCAACGGCCGCAAUGUGUGACAUGUAUCGCCUCAAUGUAUUGUGGACACUCCCAACAAGAAAUUCCACUGUGUGGGGUAGACAAUAAAACAUAUAACAAUUGGUGUGCAUUACGGAGAGCCUCCUGUGAAUCGGGCGUUAUAAUCGAAGCAAAGCAUCCUGGGAGAUGUGAAGUAGGGUUGGACAAAAGAAAAAAAUAUGUACAAACAGUCCCUCAUCCGGCCAUAUACAUUAUGCUUACAAUACUAGAAAUGGAAAUGUUUUUGGCAGUUUUAAAGGUCCUUCUUCAAAAUUUCCGAGAGUCAGCUCUUGAUUUGUCCAAGUUUGCAUUUAGGAAAUGUUUUUGUUCUCCAUUCGCUAAAAAUCAAUCGCAAGUUAAAGUAAGUAAUUAGCUUUGAUCUUUAAAGGAGGAUAUGGACGAGGAACUAGUAGAGAUAUCAGGCAAAUAUUUGUGUCACAAUUCACUUCUUUAAAUCCAGUCAUCUUAGUAAACCACAGAAAAAGUAAUUAAAAGUGUGACAUGACAAAACACGCAAUUUUGCACUUAACACUGUUAAGUUUCGUGCAUUUCUUUUGGUUUUUAGACUGCUAAUUAAGCAUGUCCAUCUCAGUAAAGAACUUAAAUAAGUGAUGAAAAAUUACAGGCCAUUAUUUUAAAACCUGCCUACUUGAGACAUAUUUAUUGUGAAAAAAACUGAAAGCACUUGGCUAGCCAGGUCAUGUCCUGGUUUUGAUUAAUCAAUGGAAUAGAUAUAUACUGUUUUUGCAUUUUAACAUUUUAUUUACUUACUUUACUCUCAAUGGGUAAAGACAGGUAAUGUGGGACUGGAUAGAUAAAACGAUGAUCAGCAGACACUCCAAAGAAACUUAUUAAUAUUAGACUUAUAUUGAUGCUUUUAUGCAUGACCAUUGCAUUGAAACAAUGAAACUGAAAAACUAGCUUAUUAAUAAUUGUUGCAGUCAUUAUGAAUUAUUUCAAGUGCGUAAUAAUAAAUAAUUUCAAAAUAUUGAAUGAAAUUUUCAAAUUACCAAAUGUUGUACAUUAAUAAUGAUAUACUAGUAUAUAAUGUUAAUCUAUGAUUUCCUGUGUUGUACAUUAAUGCGAAUCAUUUUCCUACAGCGAUAAUGAG